AUGAAGGCGAUGUCCGGGACGAAGCUGCUCCUCGUCCGCCAGCCGUCGAGCAAGUACGGUAACGGGGCGGUGUCGCCGGCGACGGCCACAUCCAUCUCCUGGCGCCGCUUCUGGCUCGUCGCGUUCCUCGCGCUCUUCACCUGCGCGUCCCUGCUCACGGUCUUCUCCACGGCGCGCGCGCCGUCCGGGGCGGCGUCGCCGGGGGUCACGUUCGUCGCGGCCGGCGUCGGUGCGGGCAGCGUCGGCGGCGCGUCGGCGGGCGGAGGAGCGCUCCCGGCGUACGUGUUCGACGCGCUGGUGCGGUACGCGGCGGCGGCGGGGGCGAACUCGACGGUGAGCAUGCCGGAGGAGGACGUGCGCGCGAUCGCGUCGGUGCUGCGGCGGCGCGCGCCCUGCAACCUGCUGGUGUUCGGGCUGGGCGCGGAGACGCCGCUGUGGCGCGCGCUGAACCACGGCGGGCGGACGGUGUUCCUGGACGAGAACCCCUUCUACGUGGCGCACAUGGAGGGCGCGCACGGCGGGCUGGAGGCGUACGACGUCGCCUACGCCACCGCCGUGCGCGAGCUCCCAGACCUCCUCGACGCCGCGCGCGCGUCCCGGCGCGCCGAGUGCCGCCCCGUCCAGAACCUGCUCUUCUCCGACUGCAGCCUCGCCAUCGGCGACCUGCCCAACCAGCUCUACGACGUCGCCUGGGACGUCAUCCUCGUCGACGGGCCGCACGGGUACGCCGAGGGGUCGCCGGGCAGGAUGGCGGCGAUCUACUCGUCGGCGGUGAUGGCGCGGACCAAGGGGACGGUGACGGACGUGCUGGUGCACGACUACGAGCGGGAGGUGGAGAGCGUGUGCGCGCGGGAGUUCCUCUGCGACGAGAACCGCGUGGAGGGGACCACCACGCUGUCGCUCGGCCACUACAUCGUGCGCGGCGGCGCCGCCGCCAACCGGGAGGCCUUCUGCGGGGCGCAGAAGCCCGCCGGCUCCACUACGAAGAAGGCGAACUAG